AGGUCAGUGCCCAAGCUACGCCUUUCAAAACUAUUUGUACGCUCAGUGGCUUGGCAGUCUCUGCGUUACAAACUCUGGCAGUUCUGGGGCUCAUGUCAGUCAGGUGGCCCGCAACUCUGACAAAAACGGUUUCCACAUUGCAACUUCUGGUGCUAGACGUGGACAGCAUCGGAUUGACUUGUCUCUUGGGGAGCAACGCUUUACGAAAUUACCUCUUCAGCACGCUGGUCUUUCCCGCGGUCAUAGCUUGGCUGGCAUUCUGCCAUAUGGUGUCCAAGCCUCUGAGGAAGCUUGGGGUGUCAGCCAGGAAAGUGCCAUAUACUGUUAACACAAUGGGGCUUGUCCUUCAACUGGGAUUUGGCACAAUGGCGGCAGUGGCACUGAAACCCAUCAUGUGCACAAGGCACCCAAAUGGACUUCGCAGCAUGGUAAGCUAUCCAAGCCUAUCUUGUGAAGAAAGUCAAUAUGGGCUGAUGUUGGCAUGUGGGAUGGCUUUGCUGUUUUGUUUUGUCCUUGGCUUUGUUGCGCUUUGCAGCUACGCAACGUGGAUGAUGCCUUUGUGGAGUGCAAGAAGUCAGCCUGAAAGGGUCCAAUGCUUUCGCUUUUGCACAUCCAAAUAUCGAUUGGAUGCAUACUGGUUUGUCGUGCCUGUGUGUCUCCGACAUUUGGGCAUUGCUCUAUCCAUCGCAGUGGGGACCAAUAUGCCACCUGCACAGACAGCAGGGGCAAGCAUCGUCCUGGUAAUAUACCUCAUCAUGCAGGUUGCUGUGCAACCGUGGAAAGCACCUCUGAUGAACAUCGUAGACAUUGCAGUGACUGCAAUAUUUGUUCUACUGCUAAACAAGUCCAUCCAAGUAGACCCUCAAAUGGAAAUGGACUUUGCUGAGCUCUCCGCGUUCGCCUUUCUGCUGUUGAUGAUCUUUGGACUUGUUUUCGCCAGCGUUUGUGCUGCCGUGGCUCUGGUUCUCCACCACGCUGGACACAACGUGAAUUGCAUCUUGGAUCUCAGGAGGCAAAAAGAAUCCGAAGAGAUUGCGAAAGCCUUGAAGGAAUGUGCGGAACAUCUCCUGCAAAUCAACCUCUCCGAUUUGUCCGAAACGAUUGACCACAUGAACUCCUAUGAUGUGAAGACCAUCCUGGAUCUCAUCAGUUUGCUCUCGCUGGAACUUGAACUUCGCAGCAACAUCCACCUCAACAUGCGGGUGCCUCUGAGCUCCCUAAACUACCGGCUGACACGGGCCAGGCUGACGGCCAGGCUGUCGGCCAGGCUGACGAAGACCUCAACUGCGGCUGUUCCAAGUCCAUGUGCUGACGAGGCUGACGCUGCUGUCCCUCCUGACCGGCCAGAGCUGGAGCUGUCGGAGCCGGCAGAUGAUUCUGAGGACUCUGACGGCAUUUCAUUGUGAGCCUUGUGAGCGCUACGCCGUAGCCGCCAAAGAUGCCACUGAAUUUGUGCCCAGUGACCUGUUGACUGGCAGCUGAGCACCCAACGAAAUAGCUCAGCACAUUGAUCGGUUAUCAGCUCACCGCGAGAAGGACCGCAAAGUGGUUCCAUUUCGAUUUCGCCCAAGCUUCUUUGCAAAACGGGUGCAGGCGCUGCAGGGAAGCACAAUGACAUGAGAAGAGAUGAC